AUGAGGCAGGAAGAGAAGGCGGGGCUUGCUUGGACAGCCUGUUUUGACGCAAGCAAGCUCCCAAAAGUCACGCCCCAUGCGCGUUGUCGUCUGCGUCUGCUAAAGCAAGAGCGCAUUCGCGACUUUCUCAUCCUUGAGGAAGAGUUCAUCCAGAACCAGGAGCGUCUCAAACCCCGUGAGGAGCAGGCCGAGCAGGAGCGUACCAAGCUUGAAGAGCUGCGCGGCACCCCUCUUCAAGUGGGCAAUCUCGAAGAGAUUAUUGACGAGCACCAUGCGAUCGUUUCCACCCCUCAUGGUCCCGAGCACUACGCCCUGAUUGCAUCAUUUGUUGACAAGGAUGAGCUUGAGCCCGGUUCCACUGUGCUCUUGCAUAACAAGAACCAUGCCGUUGUGGGAAUCUUGGAUGAUGAUGCUGACCCCAUGGUCAACGUCAUGAAGCUGGACAAGGCUCCAACUGAGUCAUAUGCAGAUAUCGGAGGCCUUGAGGAUCAAAUUCAAGAGAUCAAGGAAUCAGUUGAGCUGCCGUUGACACAUCCUGAGUAUUACGAGGAAAUGGGCAUCAAACCUCCAAAAGGUGUCAUUUUGUACGGGCCCCCAGGCACAGGCAAAACCCUUUUGGCCAAAGCCGUUGCCAAUCAGACCUCGGCCACAUUUCUGCGUGUUGUCGGCUCGGAGCUCAUCCAAAAAUACAGUGGCGAAGGACCCAAGCUGGUCCGCGAACUUUUUCGCGUUGCCGAGGAGAAUGCUCCUUCCAUCGUUUUCAUCGACGAGAUUGAUGCUAUUGGCACAAAGCGGUAUGACACCAACAGCGGUGGUGAGCGAGAAAUCCAACGUACCAUGCUUGAGCUGCUGACCCGCCUCGAUGGUUUCGAUAGUCGCGGCGAUGUCAAAGUCAUCAUGGCGACCAAUCGAAUUGAUAGCCUCGAUACGGCUCUCAUUCGCCCAGGGCGUAUUGACCGGAAGAUUGAAUUUCCCCUCCCUGAUGAGAAGACGAAACGCCGCAUCUUCAACAUCCACACGUCUCGCAUGACACUCGCAGACGACGUCAACCUUGAAGACUUGAUCAUGUCCAAGGACGAGCUUUCUGGCGCAGAUGUCAAGGCCAUCUGCACUGAAGCUGGUUUGCUUGCUUUGCGUGAGCGGCGCAUGCGGGUGACAAAUGAGGACUUUCAAAAGGCCAAGGAGAACGUUCUCUAUCGCAAGUCGGAAAAUCUCCCUCAAGGCAUGUCCUGA